AUGGCGAAGAGGAUGGGUGGUUCCUCUUCCGUGGAGCAGCUCCUCACGCGUACAGACCUCCCUUAUAGGGAAGAGGUCAUGGUGGUUCCACUACCGCCCAAAUUUAAGGUACCCCAGAUCGACCUAUAUGACGGAUCCAAGGAUCCUGUUGACCACCUCAAAAAUUUUAAAACACACAUGACUCUCUACGGCUUCCCUGGGGAGGUGGCUUGUCACUCCUUCCCAUUAACACUAAAGGGGAUAGCACGAGGCUGGUUUGGAGCCUUAUGCCUCGAAUCCAUUGGCAGUUUUGAGGAGUUAGUAAAACAGUUCCUUAUGCAGUUUAUGGCAAGUAGAAGGCGUCGUAUACCAGCCGCCUAUCUACUGACCAUAAAACAAAAGGAGAGAGAGAACUUGAAAACCUACCUAACGCGCUUCAACAAAGAGAGGCUCACCAUGGAUGACCAAGAUGAGAAGAUCACCUUGGCCGCCCUCUUGGGAGGAAUAUGGCCUUGGAGCCUGUUCAUGGCUGAACUGGCUAGAAGAACUCCGUCCACCUUACGGAAGUUCAUGGACCGAGCAUACGACUUUGUUAAUUCAGAGGACACACUACAGGCUCUUUUGGAGCCAUAUAAGCAGGAAACCAAGUCGAAAACAAGAACCAAAACAAUUCUAAAGAUAAAGACAAAAGAGCCAAUCGCCGAGGGCACCAGGAUGAUAAACGCGACCAAUACACCAGUCGACAAGACCAAGGGCGUCGCCUAA